GAUCCGGGGCGGGCGGGCGGCGACGGGCAGCGCGCGGGGCGGCGGCGGCGCAGUCUGCACCAUGGCUUACCCUGGGCACCCUGGGCACCCCGGGCACCCCGGGCACCCCGGCGCCGGCGGCGGGUACUACCCAGGUGGGUAUGGAGGGGCCCCGGGAGGGCCUACGUUUCCCGGACAAACGCAGGAUCCGCUGUAUGGUUACUUUGCUGCAGUGGCCGGACAGGAUGGACAAAUAGAUGCUGAUGAAUUGCAGAAAUGCCUGACAGAGUCGGGCAUCGCCGGAGGAUACAAACCUUUUAACCUGGAGACUUGUCGGCUUAUGGUUUCGAUGCUGGAUAGAGAUCUGUCAGGCACAAUGGGCUUCAGUGAAUUUAAGGAACUCUGGUCUGUACUGAAUGGCUGGAGACAGCACUUCACCAGUUUUGACAGCGACAGGAGUGGCACCGUGGAUCCUCAAGAACUGCAGAAGGCCCUGACAACAAUGGGAUUUCGGUUGAGUCCCCAGGCCGUGAAUUCAAUUGCAAAACGAUACAGCACCAACGGGAAGAUCACCUUCGAUGACUACAUCGCCUGCUGUGUCAAGCUGCGCGCCCUGACAGACAACUUUCGAAGACGGGAUACUGCUCAGCAAGGCGUUGUGAAUUUCCCCUAUGAUGAUAUACACACGAAUCCGGCUCAGCAGCUGCUGCACUGAUGAGUACACUUUGCAAAGGCUUGUGGUUCAUCCAGUGCGUCAUGAGUAUUUAAAUCCGGAGGGCGCUGUGUGACCGGGAUCGACAUUCCAGCGGGAGCGCUCGCUCUUGGCUUGCCUUCAGACACGCGUGUAAACUUGCUUCACCGCUUUUCCUUAACAGCUGUUGUAAACGUUUAUUACUUUAUGUACAUCUGAAGUUGCUGUUUUCAGUUUAGAUAAUAAAUUCUUUGGAAUUUUAUUAGUCUAAGAUCAGUUCUGUUAACCAUUUAGAACUUCCUUGAGCCAUUGUCAUGUCUUAUUUUUUUUGUUAACCCUGUUUUAUGUGAAUUUAGGUGUGCAGAAUGUUUAAGGCACAUUGUAUACUUUUCACAGUAGGAUACUAAAACCUUUUCAUCAGGCUGCAGCUGCUGUCAUUCCUCCUCUAGACGGGCUUUUGCAUGGUAUUGAAAGCUUUAUGUAUGGCGUAUUCUUUUUCUGUUUUGUUUUGUUAAUCCUCACCCGAGGAUUUUUUUCCCAUUGAUUUUUAGAGAGAGUGGGAGGGAGGGGGAGAGACAGAGAAAAACAUUGAUGUGAGAAAGACACAUCGAUUGGUUGCCUCCCACACAUGCCCCGACAGGGCCGGGGAACGAGCCUACAACCGAGGUAGGUGCCCUUGACCAGAAUCGGAACCUGGAACCCUUUAGUCCUUGGGCCAACACUCUAACCUCUGAGCCAAACCAGCAAGGGCUGUGCGGAGUAUUCUUAUCAUGUAAAAUGUUUUAUACCUACAGUGAUGCAAAAAAAACUAUGGGUAAUCCAUGUCAGAGUUCAUCUUGGAAGAAACUUUAAGGCUUACAGAUGUUUUGAUUGAUAGUCAUAUGAAUGGAUGGGAACAUGGGUGAUUAUUUUCUGCCUCUUGAAAACCUAUUGAAUAAUCUGAAUGGCAAAUACUGUCUGUCACCGAGACCUUCGUCAUCACCCACAUAGGCCUUUGUUAACCAUACUUAAAAACCUUGUACAUUCUGAGCUUGACUAUGUAAAAAAGAAAAUUAACAGGAAAAAACUAAGGGAAUAUACAAAAAUAUGAGCUAUGAUUAUUUUGGCUAACAGCAUUCUAGGUGAUUUAACUUCCUUUAUACGUUUCAGGAUUUUCCAAGCUUUCUAUAAUGUGUGCUUUCCCUUUAAAAUCAGAUGUUAAUUUUUUAAAUAUUGAUACUUUCAUUUUGAUAUGCCAUGUGUUCACACUGACAUUAAAAAAUGUACACAACUAAA